UAUUUACGCUCAAUAGAAAUUUAUUUUAUUGAGUUAUAAAUAGCAUAAUACUCAAAUUAACUACUCUAUGUGUAUGACAAAUACACAAGACAAUAGGCAAUAAAAAUAACAGAUUGGCAUUUGCACAUUAAAAUUGUGAAGCGAAAAUUUGCUACGUUCAAACGCCAAUAAAAAUAAGUAAUCAUAAAACCAUAAUAAAUAAAAAUCAUAAUAUAUUUUACAGCUUAGAGUAUUAGAAAUAAAAAAAAAACGAAAAGAAAAACAAUACGUCAUAUACAUCAUCUCGCAGCAAAAGCAUAAAAACUAAAUAAAUUAUAACAACAAAAAAGAACAAAUCAACAAUUCCACAAAGUACAGAAAGCAAGUAAGAAGCAGAGAACCACACAAAGCGGAUUUAUUAGCGCGAUGCAGCACCCACACAGUCACAUGCGGCGAAUACGACAUCUCAACAUAUUUCUGCUGCUGCUACUCUACUUGUCACAAAUCAAAGCUUGGCGACCAUGUCCAGAGCUCAGUCCGGCAUUGCGUUUACCCUGCAGGUGUAAUGUGGUGCCAUUCGCCUCGACGGGACAGCUCGGCGCGGUGGCGAUGGACUGCGAUCGUGUCGUCUUCCACGGUGAGGCGCCGCAACUGCCGUAUGGCGCGCCGAUUGUUUCCUAUUCGCAGCGCUACAGUGGCCAGCAGGUUUUGCCAUCACAGAGUUUUGGCACACUGAAAUUACCCAUUGAAGAGUUGGAUCUUUCGAACAAUCUGAUACGACGCAUACCGGAGAAAUCCUUUCUCGGCCUGAAAGAAUCACUUACCGAGUUACGCUUGGCAAAUAAUCUACUGGGCGAUAGCCUGAAUCCGAUAUUUUCCACCGCCGAAUUUCAUCCGCUGAAAAAUCUGAAAACUCUCGAUCUAUCUGGCAACAAAAUCAAAUCGAUCGAAGAGGGUCUGUUGAAAGGCUGCGUCGACUUGAAGGAUUUCUAUGUGGAUCGUAAUUGUCUAUCUGCCGUUCCAUCCAACUCGCUCAAUGGACCUAGUGCGCUGCGGCUUCUUUCUUUGCGUCACAAUCACAUAAGUAAGUUAAAACAAAAAAACGCGCAUGUCAUACGCGAACUGCCGACUGGCAGUUUUCAAAUAUUCGCUAAUCUGCGCACACUCGAUCUAUCCGGCAAUUCGUUGGCCGUCAUUAGCGCAGACAUAUUCAUGGGCUUAGAUCAAUCACUUAAUGAAUUGAAGCUUUCACAGAACCGCAUUACAGGCUUGGGCGCAACACCGCUUGCCUUAACCGAACUGCGCAGUCUCGAUCUGAGCGGUAAUAACCUCGCUGACCUGCCACGCAAUAUCUUUCAGGGUUUAGAGAACUUACAGUAUCUUAAUCUCAGCGGUAAUCAUCAUUUAUCGCCAUUGCCGGCCGCGCUUAUACGACCACUUUCUCAUCUGCAAGUUAUCGAUUUGAGCAACUGUGCGCUCAAGCAAAUGUCGGGUGAUCUGUUUGCCACACUGCAAGAUCUAAAGCACAUCUAUCUGCACGACAAUAAUUUACAAGAAAUUAACGAUGGUAGUUUUGUCGAUCUUUGGAAUAUUACAUCAAUCGAUUUGUCAAAUAAUCAAAUCACUUCUAUCAGACCCGGCGCUUUCGUGAAUGUGAUGCACAUCAAGCGACUCAUUCUGCGCGACAACCAGUUGUCAGCUUUUAAAGGUGAAUUCAACACCGGCACUGGUUUGGAGGAACUCGACAUUUCGAAUAAUUAUCUCACCUCUUUCCCUUCUUCAUUCCGCAUUCAUCCGCGCUUGCGUGAAAUCAAAGCAGCCAAUAAAAUUCAGUUUCUCCCUGCCGAAUCCAUUUCGACGCUGCAAUAUCUGGAGUGUGACCUGUCACACAACCAACUCAAAUCGAUAGAGGAGUUGGAUUUCGCGCGUCUGCCGAGACUGCGAGCGCUGCUUGUCGACAAUCAACUGGACAUGCUCAGCGAGACUUUCCACAACUCGACUCAGCUGCAAAUUGUCGAUUUGUUCAACAAUUUGGAUCGUAUCGGUGAACGCACAUUUGAAGGUUUAGUGCGUCUGGAGAUGCUUAAUCUCGAGGGCAAUCAGUUGACUGAACUUUCUGAUUUAAUAUUUGAGCGUUCGAAAUUGCAAAUGCUCGAAAAUAUAAACUUGGCUAAGAACAAAUUCGAUUAUGCGCCACUUAAUGCGCUGCAACGUCAAUAUUUCUUCGUCUCUUCAGUUAAUUUGAGCCAAAAUAAAAUACGAGCUAUUCCUGCUGACGACAGUAUUAUGGUAAAUAUCAAGGAUCUUGACUUGUCGUACAACCCUUUAAGCGAGGGUGCCGUUCGCAACAUACUCAACGAGCCAAAAACUGUGCGCUCACUCAACUUAGCCGGCACUAGUAUUGCUCAUCUUGAGCCAUUGGAGACGCCUUUCUUGCAAUAUUUGAAUCUAUCGCAUAAUAACCUCAAAACCAUCCAUGCUGAAAUCUUUCAACGCACAACACUACUUGAAACGUUGGAUCUGUCAGAUAAUGACUUAGAGAGCUUAAACGAACUGGCAGAUGCCUGGCCAAAACUGCAGUCACUACAUACUUUGGAUCUUUCGAAUAACAGCUUUGAGGUUAUCUCACAAGAUAAUUUCGAAAACUUAGACAUGCUUCGUGUGUUGCGACUCAAAAGUUUGACGCAAGUUAAUCGCAUCGAGAAGAAUGCUUUUAAACAUAUGCCAAAUUUAGAGAAACUCGAGGCAUAUGAUUUACCUUUGCUGGGCUACCUCGACGUUCAAGGAAUACUCGAGCUAUUACCUGGGCUUGAGAUCGACUUAGAAAUAAAAGAUUCAACUAUAGGCACCGAACAAAUACAACCCGCUAAGCAUCCAAGACUUAAAACAAUCGGUAUACGCGGAGAUCGUCUAAAGACUAUCUCCUCUGGCACGUUAGCUGUUAAAAGCAGUGACCUCACCAUUAAACUGCAAAACACAUCUCUUACAACGCUGCCACCAGCCUUAUGUUCCCUGUGCCACGCCUUCACACCAAACCUCGACAUUACUGGCUCCAAAGUUACCGUAUUGGUGCCACAAUUCCUUACUGCACUCGAAGAUCGCCGCUCCAGUUUACAACUAAGACUUGCCACAAAUCCCAUACACUGUGACUGUAAUGCACGUGCGCUACGCCGCUGGUUACCCAUACAUAUGACUGAUGUAGAGUGUCAAUCGCCUGCCUUCCUGGAGGGUAAGAAGCUCAUCGAAGUCGGCGAUGACGAAUUGACGUGUGAUCCACGACGCAUGACGUCCACAACGGCGCGCAGCACCUCACAAUAUAUGUUGAAAUCAUCGUCGCGUCUGGUAACACGCCCCACCACCACCACCACCGAGGAACCAAUGAUCAUCUGGAGCUUGGAGCCCACACAAGCGCCACCGAUGAAAAUCAAAACCAAAGCACCACUGAUGAAGGCGCCCAUUAUGAGUAACGACGAUACACUUAUUAUUGGUAUAGUUGUGUGGGUCUUCAUAGCCAUACUUAUCAUCAUCAUCUGCAUAGUGCGGUUACGCAUGAGCAACGUGGAAUAUCACAAUGGACCGGCUAUGAUCGGUAUACCGCCAAUGCCAAUGGGUCCGGGUAGUGUGCCAAUAAAUUUCAAGGGUGCACCUACGGCACUGUACGCUGUUCCACCAUACGCUACACAAAGUUAUGCUACUCUGCCACAUAAAGCACCGUCCAUACACCAGUCUACACAGAAUCUGUCGCAACGCGCCGCCGCACAAAAUGGACAGAACUCAUACUCGACUAUGUCGCGCAUGUCGUACUUUGGUGGCACGCAGCAACAAGCCUCACCGCAGUCUAAUGGCCAACAGCCGUACAUUAUCUAUUCAGAUGACAAAGUUUAUAGAUAAGGUUCUAAAGGGUCAAUAUGGCGGUGCAAGCAAUAUAACUUGGUGUUCAAUCAGUGCUGGGUGGUCAUACCGCCGAAA